GAGUUUUCCGAAGAAAAACUCUGUUGGUGCAGAUGUUCCGUGGCAAUAUAAAACUUGCUUUCGUAUAAAAUACAUUCAAACUUGUUCAGAACGGAGUUAAAUUAAAUAAAUAAUAACUUUAGACCAAUUAAAUGUCAAACUAGCGUCUUGAAAUCGCUAUUAGCGCAUAAUUGCUCCUAUUCUUUAAGUAUUAAUAAACCGGAGAAACCUAUUUAAAUAACUGCCACAUGGAAUAUUUAAGCAUUUUGUGCCCACUUUCAUACCAAUAGAACGUACAAGAUAUCAUGAAGCCGUCGAAAACCAAAAAAGCCCAACUGAUUUCUUGGACCAAAGUAUUUAUGAUCGGUGGAGGAUUUUGGAAUCAACCAUUGACUAACAGUUACAUAGGUGAAAAGGUUUAUUUUUGCUAUUCAAUAUUCAUGAAAUGUGGCUGCUUUAUGUGGUGGAGCAUGAUGGUUGGCGAACUGUUCAGAUUGGUUGCUUAUGGGUAUGACGUAGAGAUAAUUCUGGCUCAAUUUGGAUUAGUUGUAAACGCAUCAAAGAUAAUGUUUAAAUUGGUAGUUUAUAUCAGAGAGAAUCUGUUAGCGCUCUUUAAAGAUAUAACAGAAAAGGACGUUGAAAUAUGGAAUUUGGAUAACGAAGAAAUUCACACUGUAUACUGGAAAAAUAUAAAAUUGAUUAAAUCUUAUGUGCUCGCUCUAUCUGUGAGCACUUCACUUUGUUUGGGCAUGUUAGACGUUAGUGGAAUUCAUGUAAUUUUGAAGACCGUAGAACACAACAAAGCAUUUAAUGAUACUCUUGAAGCUCAUGCGAUGUAUCAAACGAUUCUGCCACUGAACAAGCUUGAUAACUUACCCCUCUUAUUUACGUUGCAAGCAUAUUUGGCCAUUAUUGGUUUCGUAUAUAAUUGUUUGACUCAUUUAAUGUUUGCCACUUUGCUCGUGUAUGCUGCGACCCAAAUACAGAUUCUCCAAAUCCGGUCCAAGAACUUUAUAGGAGCUGAUCAAUUGUCUGGCUCAGAUAUGAGAGACAAAUUGCUCGUAUUGAAAGAGAUUUCUCAAGAUCAUCAAUAUAUUAUUGGAUUCGUAGAAAACUUGAAUUCCCGAACAAGAUACAUUGUACUGGUCGAGUUUAUUUUGAGUUCGUUUGACUUGGCAUCGGUUUCUGUUAACCUAAUCACACUAGACUUUAGCUCGAGUGAUAUUGCCGGGCAGCUCAUAUUCAACUUAUCAUUUUUCGUCCUGUUAUCCAUACAGAUCUCUAUUCUAGGCUGGAGCUGCAAUGAAAUUAAAUGCGAAAGUGAGGAACUAGCCAAUGCUCUUUACGCAAGUAACUGGUAUUUGCUGAAUCCUAAGGGUCAGAAAAUGAUGCAAAUUAUGAUGGCUAGAGCUCAGAAGCCUUUGAUCAUGACGAUUGGGCCAUUUGGAGCAAUGACCACGAACUCUGUGCUAGCAAUUUUAAAAGGAGCGUACUCGUACGUGAGCAUUAUGAGAAAGUAACUUCACUUUAUAAAAUAACCGAACGAUUUGCCUGAUGGACUUGAUAUCUGCAAAGUCAAAGGAUUAUGAACUUAAUAGCACAUUUGUAGAAAUAAAGCAUAACUGAAGCAUAA